CAGGUGAAAAUGACGAUACUAAUGACACCAGAAACGAAACCGAAAAUAACAAUGAAAAUGACAAGGCUCUUGUUGCUGCGAUAUCUGUUGGUUUGCUUCUAGCUGCAGGAAAUUUGAUUAUUUGUAUUUGGAUCAGGAGGCGAAAACAUGAUAGACAACAGCAAGACACGCUUCCAGAAACCCCGGCAUCAGAUAAUUCAGCAGCAUCCGACGACCCGUACAAUUAUGCUGAGAUGGAUCUCCAGGAUUCAUCAGAAAAUUGCACACAACAAUCCACUGAAAGAAAACCUAUACCAAUAAAAGAAUGUGCAAUGAUACGAAAGCUUCCAGAAUCUCAACAACAGAUUAUUUAACAGUAACAAACAAUGCUGACAACUACAAUGAAAUAGAACUUAAGGAUCCACCAAGCAGUCUGGAAGCUGGAAUCAAAUGCUCUGAAACGAAGUCUAAAUUUCAAUACGAUUAUGCAUAUUCUCUUCAAUCUCAAAACCAAAUAAACAAUGCCAGUUAUAAUUAUAUUGAAUUCAACAGUGACGGAACUACGACAGAAAUACCUGUACAAGUUAGCUCUGAUAUUUAAAAUCGUAGCCUCUUGGACAUUAUGUCAUCUCUCUUAUAUGUUAAGUUUGUUAUUUGAUUUGAUGUUAGAAGUCGGUUGAUUGAGAUGUGCACGUGUGUUCUUGUUUGAUUAUAAGUAUGGACUGUACUGCAGCCUGAUGGACAUAAUAUGUCAUCGUAAUUCAUACUCGUUCUUAAAUGUUAAUAUUAAGUAUUUUAGUUUGAUUUGAUGAAAGUAGUCGGUGUGCCAAGCGCCUCAUCCCUUGUAGGGUGUCUACCGACCAAGUAUUUGAUAUGGUUUAUUAUCAUUGUAUUGUUAGUAUUAGUUUCGUUCUUAGUCGGUGAAUUAAGCGUUAUAUCACUAGUUGGGUGACUACUUUCUUCACAUGAUACAUAAGGGAUUAAAAAAGUUUAUACUCAGUAUGUUACUUUUAUCUUGACUGUUGUUAAAUUCUACCAACCCAAGUUUUCUUGGACCUCUUAACAAGACGAUUACAUGCGUGUAUUUAACUAUUAUAUUUUUUGUAAAUUUUGAAAUUAAAUAUAUAAGAUUAAAUUCAUAGUUGUAUAUUCAAUUUACAUAAUAAUUAUAUACAUAUAUAUCGGACCACUGUCUGUCUAUACAAAUAAAAAUUUUUGUGACGUACAAGUAUGUAGCAAUUCAGUGACCCUCAAAAAAAGAACAGAAAUAAAUCUUUUUAAUGCCAACUUAGCGUGUCUGUCCAAAUAUGUGUCUAUAUUUAUGGGGAAGUUGCAUAUUAAACCCUGUCCUGCUUAGUUCCACACUGAUAGACGAUUCCUUGGCAUUUCAAUCCCAUUUUAUAAAGUAACGACCUUUAAAGUGAUACUUUAUGUUAUGAUACAUGUAUCCAUAGUAACUUAAAUCUUAUUUGUAUUUUUUAUAAAUUUGAGAAUCGCACCAGCUAUUUCAAACGGUGGAUCCAAGAGUUGUUUUUAUUGAUACUAUUUCAAAUUGUCUGGUUCAUCACACGCGGGACAAUUUUUAUCGGCGGAAAUAGUUGCUUGAUUUUUAGAGAGGCCGACAUUGACUGAUAUUAGGACACUUAAACCAUCUGUAAAUAUUUCUGUUUUAUCAAUUUUUUCCUUCUUAUUAUUUCUAUUGCUUGGUUAAUAGGCUGCUGUCGUUUCACAUGUAUUAAUAUAAGAGUAUUUGUUAUAUUUUAUUUUAUAUUCUUGAAUCAUUACUCCAUUUUUGUCAUAUUCUAUAAUUCCUGCACCUGCUAAACCAGCAUCCGGGUUUUUACUUUCAUCGGUAUAAAUAUGAUAAUUGUCCAUAUAAUUCUUACUUUUAUGUAUGUUAGAGCUAGCUGUGACUAGACUUUCUGUAUUUAUGUUACCUUUACUUAUUUUGCUAGUUUAAGGAUAAAUCAAUGUUAACUGGCGAUAUUUCAGUUUUUUUUAGCUAUUUAGCUUAGAAUAUCUAAACUUUGUUGUUACGUUUUUUUAAGAUAAUUACUAUUAUUACCCCUCAUUUUUUAUGAAGUGUUAAUUUCCGAAAGACCACUGGAAAUUAUUGAUACUGUUAAUGCAAGUGUACCACCUGACUAUGAAAUUUGUACUGUUGCAGGGUAUUGUUUGAUUUUAUUAACCUGUCAAUUGCAUACUGAUUAUACGAUCAAUGAACACAAUAUAUUAGUCUUCGACAAAUGUCUGGUAAAUUUCGUGAGAUGUGAGUAGUAAAAUGUGAUUUAAUUCAAAUUUUCAACGAAAUAAAUACACUGAACAUUACAGCACAAUAUGAUAAACUGCAGUUUUACAAUUUCUAAAUGUCCUACAUGUUGUAAGAUCGAGACCGCGUGUGUCCAUAUAUUCUUUUUAUAACAAUUUUCAACAUUAUUGAAGCUAUGAUGUUUUAUGUUGUCUUUUUGUUUUAUAAUAUAUUUUGAACCUAUUUUGGUAAAGACUAUUCCUUUUCUUAAUAACAUAGUUAAAUAAAUAAUAUUUAAAAUUCAUUCGGAUUAAAAUCAAUAAAUGUCAUUUCAGUGCCGUAAAAUACAAUACAAAAUUAGACAAAUAAGUGUUUCUAAAUUGUUCCAUAUUCGUGUAGACAACUUUGCAAGCCUUUGGCCAUUAAAAUAUACUUAAAAAUAAAGAAUGAAAAGUUCUAAAAAAACAAAAGC